UGCGGGGCUCGCACUGCUCGUCGCAGCCCCCUCCCGCCGACCCGCAAGUUCUCCCAGGCCCUAAGGAAACAAGUGGUCUGUGCCUGCUCCACAGCAGAAAGCACAGUGGUCCAGUCAAGUGCAUGUCCUGAUUCUUAUUCUCACAUCCAGAGAAGACUCUGCCACAGAUCGCUGCAAUGUCUGUAUCUAAUCUAUCGUGGUUGAAGAAAAAGUCCCAGUCAGUGGAUAUUACUGCUCCAGGAUUCAACCCUUUGGGUGGUGCAGGAAAGCAAGCACCACAGGCCAGCAAGCCCCCGGCACCCAAGACUCCCAUCAUCGAAGAAGAACAGAACAACUCAGCAAACACUCAGAAGCAUCCUUCCAGGAAGAGUGAACUCAAGAGGUUCUACACCAUUGACACUGGCCAGAAGAAGACCUUAGACAAGAAAGAUGGGAGAAGGAUGUCCUUUCAGAAGCCUAAAGGAACUAUUGAAUAUACUGUUGAAUCAAGGGAUUCUUUGAAUAGCAUAGCCCUGAAAUUUGAUACCACACCCAAUGAACUUGUUCAGUUAAAUAAGUUAUUCUCCCGUGCAGUCGUGACUGGACAGGUUUUAUACGUUCCUGAUCCUGAGUAUGUCUCCAGUGUUGAGAGUUCCCCAUCUCUAAGCCCAGUAAGUCCUCUGUCACCAACGUCAUCUGAAGCUGAGUUUGAUAAAGCCACGACUCCCGAUGUAGUCCAUCCAAAAGAAGCACCUCCUUCAUCUACUGUUAGUGGAAUCCGGCCUGCAAGAGUUGUAUCUUCAACAUCUGAGGAAGAAGAAGCAUUUACUGAGAAAUUUCUUAAAAUCAAUUGCAAAUAUAUCACCAAUGGCAAGGGCACAGUCAGUGGCGUCCUGCUAGUCACUCCAAAUAAUAUAAUGUUUGAUCCACAUAAAACAGACCCCUUGGUUCAAGAGAAUGGCUGUGAGGACUAUGGCAUCAUGUGUCCAAUGGAAGAGGUGAUGUCAGCUGCCAUGUACAAAGAAAUUUUGGAUAGCAAAAUAAAGGAAUCAUUGCCCACAGAAAUAGAUCCGUUGUCAGGAAGGGGCUUCUGCCAUUCAAAGAAAAUGAAAGGAGUCAGUGCUGACGAAAUGGACUCGAGGGUCCGUGAUCCUGGUAAUGACAGUGCCAGCACUGCUCCCAGGAGUACCGAGGAGUCUCUCUCUGAAGACGUCUUCACAGAGUCUGAACUCUCCCCUAUCCGCGAGGAGCUCCUCUCUUCAGAGCUGCGACAAGAUAAAUCAUCUGACGCAUCCUCUGAGUCUGUGCAAACUGUCAGUCAGAUUGAAGUAGAAUCCUCGACAGCCACGUCAGAGUCUGCUACUAUUCCUGACCACAUUAAGUCAAAUACUGGACAUUCUUCAAAUGAAGUUGGGGCUUUAUCUCAUGAAACUGAUUUAAGUAUUCUGGAAAUAGCCACCAAGGAAGGAGACAAGGCUACAGAAAAACUGCAAGAAGCCUCAGACCCUGAAGAACAAGGCCCAAAUGUAAAAGGUCACCAUGACCAGGAUUCUUUCCAUCAUGAAAAUUCACUCCCACAGGAUGGCGGGAAGGAAAAUGUGUCUUCUAGAGGAACGGUGGAACUUAAAGAAAAGCAAAGUGUUCAGAAGAGUAAACGAGGGUCAGAGCAGAAACGGGACUCAGAGACAGAAGUGGAAGAGCUGCGCAAACUCUGGAAAUCUCACUCUAUGCAGCAAGCUAAGCAGCAGAGAGACACUAUUCAGCAGGUGUCACAGAGGGAGAAUAAAAACGAAAGUGCCCCUGCGGAUGGACAGACAGACGGCUCUUCACUGUUAAAAGAAAAGAGAAGGCAUCGAUUACAUAAAUUCUUAUGUCUAAGAGUUGGAAAACCGAUGAGGAAAACAUUUGUAUCUCAAGCAAGUGCCACAAUGCAACAAUAUGCACAGAGAGAUAAGAAACAUGAAUAUUGGUUUGCAGUGCCACAAGAAAGGACAGACCACUUGUAUGCCUUCUUCAUUCAGUGGAGUCCAGAAAUAUAUGCAGAAGAUACUGGUGAAUAUACCAGAGAGCCUGGAUUUAUAGUAGUCAAAAAGAUCGAAGAGUCUGAAACAAAUGAGGAUCCCAGUGGUGAGGCAGCAGCCCGGGAAUGGGAGGUAGUGUCAGUGGCUGAGCACCACCGCAGGAUCGAUGCUCUAAAUACCGAGGAGCUGCGCACACUCUGCAGGCGUCUCCAGAUUACUACAAGGGAAGACGUAAACUCAAAGCAGGCAGCUCCAGCGAAGGCAGACCUGGAGCCUGAAUCUUUCCGCCCAAACCUCAGUGACCCCAGUGACCUCUUACUGCCUGAUCAGAUCGAAAAGCUUACUAAGCAUCUUCCACCGAGAACCAUUGGCUACCCAUGGACUCUUGUGUAUGGAACUGGGAAGCAUGGCACAAGUUUGAAGACCCUUUAUCGAACAAUGACAGGUUUAGACACUCCAGUGCUGAUGGUGAUUAAAGAUAGUGAUGGACAGGUUUUUGGUGCAUUAGCAUCUGAGCCAUUUAAAGUAAGUGAUGGCUUUUAUGGUACCGGAGAAACAUUUGUUUUUACAUUCUGUCCUGAAUUUGAGGUCUUCAAGUGGACAGGAGAUAAUAUGUUUUUUAUCAAAGGAGACAUGGACUCAUUAGCAUUUGGUGGUGGAGGAGGAGAAUUUGCCCUUUGGCUUGAUGGAGAUCUCUACCAUGGAAGAAGCCAUUCCUGUAAAACGUUUGGGAAUCAUACACUUUCUAAGAAGGAAGACUUCUUUAUCCAAGACAUUGAAAUCUGGGCUUUUGAAUAAGUACAGUGCUCUCGGUCAUAGCAGGACAUGGGCCCAAACCUGAAUGGACAAUGCAUAGCUUGGAAUGUUCAAGAAGCAAUACAAUUAACAUGUCACUCGUGCUUUAAAAUCAGUCUGUUUUGCCAUUUACUAUAAUUUUAGAGUUUAUUUUUCAAAUCAUGUUUCUGUCCCAGAGUUCUUUUGUUUACACCAUGGCCUGGGUUCCUGUAGUGUAACAGCUAGGUGGAGCUUUUGUCCGCAUACUGUAGCACUUUGAUCAUCGAGGCCACCACAUUUUCAGUUCAUGUUAUCUCAGUCUCCUAAUUAGAUGGUGCUCUGCUGUACAACUUUUUUUUUUAACCUGUAUUUUUUCUUUUUAUAGAGCAGUGUACUUGGGACCUUGAGGAAAUAGGGUAUAGAUACUUUUGUAUCUGGUGGAGUUGACACAAGUAACAUUUGGCCUGCUUACCAUUUUCUUCUGAAUGAGAAAGCACAUGCCAAAAUAAUACAUGCUUCAUAGACCUCUUAUGGUUCUAAUUCACCACAGCAUUCUCUUUAUUCAUUUUGUAAACAUUCUCGAUUUCAUUUUAAGAAAAUGAAAUUUGAGGAGAAGCCUGAUCGGCAUAGACAGCAGCACACACGAUCUGCAGGUUUGGGCGCAUGUUUUCAUCACUUAAUUGUCAGAUAAAGAGUUACAAAUUGACAGAGGAGAAUGGGAAUUCAAUGAUUCUAUUGGAUUUAAUAUAUUAAACAAGUAAUACUAUUUACAUAUUUGUAGCUUAAUAGGGCAUUAUCAUAAGUACUACAACUAAAACUUGCAUAUUUCUUCAACAUUGUAUCAGAUAUACUGUUUUACAGUUCUGUUGUUUUAGCCUUGUCGCAUACCAACUCCCCAAAUACAUUUUCGAUUUGUUUUUUUUCUGCUCCAAAGGAAAUAACUUGUUUUGAAAUAAAAACCUUGUUUUUUUAAGUGGUAUAUGUUCUUAGUUCCCAUUAGCAUCUGCACUGUCACAGGACAGUGACUGUAGUAGACAACACUGUAACUCAGUAGACUUGGUGAAUAUGCAAGCUUACUGUCAAGUGGCCUCAAAUGAAGAUAGAAUAAACUAGCAAUUGUAUUUUUUCUUGUAGGAAACCAACAAUAAGCCAUUGUGGCAACAAUUCAUCAGUUAAAUUUCAGAGCUUCAUGUUAUGCAAAAAAUAAAUCCUGCUGUUAUACAUGUGACAGUGGCUCUGUGCUGGAAAUUCAGCUGUUCCACACAAAUGUUGUAUAUCUUGUAAAUUGAUGUUUAAAGAUAGUUUUGUUCUUACAGGAAGUGUUGACUGCCAGGUUGCUUAUAGCACUUUAAAUUAUUCUCAAAAUGAAAUUACCAGCCAAGUAUGUUGGCUUAAAUAGUUUUAGUUAUAUAACUCUUAAAAGUACCUAGUUCUUUUGGGAACAGUUUAGAUAAUUAUCUGAAGAAAGCAUAAUGUUAAUCAAAAUCUCUGGUGUUCUAUGACACGCUGUUACUGAAGAUGGAUAGAAACGGCAUCGUUUCCUCGUCUGUGUAAAGCUCUCAUUACAAGUUAGGUGAUAGUGUCUAGGUUAAAUGUUUAUAAUAUAGGGAAUUGUAAAUACAUGUAUCCUUUCCCCCAUUAGUCUUCCACAGCAGUAUUAUUGUCUUUGUGGAGGUGACUAAUCAUAAAACUUUAAAACAUCCUGUAAUGGAUUUCAACUACAACAAGGUCAUAGAGAUGUAUACCAAAUAAAAUUAAAUGCAUAAAUGCAAA